UAUGGACGUGUCGAUGGCACAGCGCCUGCUUACAUACGUGUGUAGAGGCACCUGCUUGCUGCAGCCAGCCGUGUCGUGCCUUCUAUAUCUAAGCGGUCCCACUCGCCCUGUCGAAGCUUUAACACUCGCUCCGGCCACCUUCACUUUGCCAGCACGCAUCCGUUCUGGCCGCGCCAAAGCACAAUACCAAGCAACACAAUGGCCAUAUCGAGUAGCAGAGUUUCUGGCGUGCCUGUGCUGGCAACAUGCAUCACAGAAGCACCGACAGUUGUCACUGUUCCAGGCGGAGGCGGCGAGCUGGCAACUAUCACGCCGAUCUCUGUUGCACCGAUACUGCUCAUACCAGCCUCAUCCCUCAACAUUGCAAUCUACAACCCCAGCCAGCCGGACGUGUUCUCCGCACAAACGACGUACUCUCAUAUUCCGACCGCAAGUACGUUCCCAACGCAAACGCAACAAAGCGUGAAUGGAAACAUUCUUUCAGCACCCAUAUCCGACCAUGGGAUCUGGUACCGGCAUCAUUGGACUGUCUCGGCAACGUGGGUGCUGUGCUGCUACAGCGUAGUCUCAUGCUUCGUGCUAUGCUUCAUGCUGUGCUCAGGAAGGCUAGACUGGAAGGGCAAUGUAAGUCUUCGGCAAGGCCGCAGAGUUUGCGCGGGACUAACGGAAGGCAGCUGUGGCUAGGACCUCUCCGCCAAGCUCGUCGCACGUUCGCACAAGCCAUCGAGCUGAACGGGCUAAGUGUGAACCCACGUGAAGCGGCCCAACUCUUCAGCCAGUACGCCGAAGAGCGCGCCAGGAUCAUUGCUGAGAUCAGGGCGGCACGACUCAAUUGGCCGCAAGAGCUGCAACCGCCGGAGCACAAUGAGUCGCAAAGUGGUGCGGUAUCUGUCGCGGAGACGGAGAUCAACUUUGACUUCGAUGUCCGACUGAACAACGGUUUCGUUCUUUCACCCUGGAGUACAAUGAGCCGGGAGAGCCAGCGUUCACGGCGAAGACCAAUGAAUGAGGAAACGCGGCUGUGGCUUGAACAGAAUACCAUGCCAAUGAUGCAUCACCCCACUGUCACGCGCGGAGAGUAUGAUCUGUUCUUGACUUUGCAGAGGCGAAUGGAGCGAGUUCAGGAAAUGCAACGGCUGCAGGAGAGGAUGCGGGAAGUUGGAUGGACGUGAAUGUUUGGUGCAUCCCACAUGCGAUGGUUGCGCUGCUUUGGAAUGAUUACCAUCGGGGCAGCAGAGGGGCCAAGACGGUGUCAGAACUCCACUUGACGAAGAGCGACCAGUGACUGUUUGAAGUGUCUGUCAUACCAUUAGUACAUUCCUUACGAAGGGUACUCACGUGCUGUCGCUCGCCCUUCGCGCCUUCUCCACUUCUCC